CCGCGCGUUACUUUUUAGUGUCAUUACAGCAAACCGUACCACGUGACUUGUUUAUUAAUAGUCAGCAAGGCUUCAUCUCGGAGAAAAGUGGAAAUUUUUGUCCCAAAUUGCAAAAUUUAUGCAAUUAAAGACGCCGGUUUAUUUUUAAAACAGACCAUCAUCUUUGUCCAUCAUGGCAGACAAGAAAAGGAAAGCAGCAGAGAGCAAUAAGACCCCAGCAAAGAAAAGGAAAGUUGAGACUCCUAAGAAAACCCCUGCAUCUGCAAAGAAAGCAAACACUCCAGCACCCAAGAAGGUCACAUCUUCAAAAGUAAAGAAACCUGAACCAAAGAAAACACCUGCGAAGACUGUCAAGACUCCAGGCAAAGCAAAAAAUGCUUCAAAAACACCCACAAAAAAGCCUACUCCUAAACCAGCACCGAAGAAAAAGGCAACAUUAGCUGUCAAAACUGUCACCAGAACAAAACUUGAAAAAGCUAAAGCUGCAACUACUAAAGCAAAUCUUGAAAAGGCAAAAAUUCUGAAAGCAAAAGCAGCUGCAGCAGCUAAAGCUAAGCUUAAAACUACUAAGAACGCAGCAAAACCAAAGGCAUUAGUCAAGGGUUCAGUAAAACCGAAGCCAAAAGUUGUAGCGAAAUCUGCACCUGAGAAGAAAGGUAGAACUCCUGCAAACGUAUCUGAAAAAACCCCAGCUAAGAAACCAGAGGAGAAAAAGAAAGAACCCCCUAAGAAAGAAGAAGAAAAAAAGGAAACGCCAAAAGCUAAAGCCCCAGUUAAGAAAGAAACUCCAGCUGCAAAAGCAUCUGCAAAGAAACAGCCUGCUGCCGAAUCUGUCUCUAAAAGGAAAAACACAGUUCAAGAGGAAAGUACAGAAGCCCCAAGAAAACGGAGAAUGAUUACUCCAAAUAAAAAGUUUGCUGACUAUGAACUCGAUGUACCAGCCAAACGGACUAUCACACCUAACAAAAAGUACGCUGAUUAUGAAACCGAGUCAUCAUCUAAACGAGUAUCAGAGCUGAGAGCUUUUAUCCAAGACAAAAAGAAGUCUCCAGAACCAGAGAGUCCCAAGUCGCCUGAAAAAGCAGUCAAAGCUAAAACUCAACCAGCCAAGAAAACUGAGGAAACAAAGGCAACUCCAGCAAGAGAAAUAAAAGUAUUUAAACCAAGUGAUAUGAAGCCUGCAGAAAAGCUCAUGAAAAAGCUACAAAAGAAACUAGAAAAAGAAGCUAAGUCUGGGUCAACACCAAAGCCUGCAGAAAACCGUGAGAAAGCUAAGAUAAAAAUCACGAAAGUUGUAACCUACAACAAGCCAAUGUCAUCUGAUGAAAAGGAGAUGAGGUCUAUUAAAGCAACACCAAAAGCAAAAGCAGUUACAGCAGCUGUAAAGGCAGUCACACCAAGUGUAACUGCAAAAACACCAAAACAAACAUCUGCAAAGCCGAAUGCUACAAAGGUGGCCAAAGCAACUCCAAAGGCAACACCUAAAUCCAAGGCACCUGAAAAACAACGUCCUAAACCAAAGAAAAUUAAAGAGUUACCAAGAGCAGAAAGACCUAUUCAGGCAAAACUUAAUUGCCAGAAAUCUAUUAAAUCCAAGGAUGAUAACAGCGAGUUGAACUGUUGGAUAACUGGAAUAGGUGUAUUUCCAAGUGGCGAAAUAAUAAUGGUUGACAUGACUAACAGAAAGAUCAAACUUUUUAGCAAGGACUUUGACUUUUUGAGCCAGGUGAAACUUGAUACAAUUCCACAAGACAUUUCAGUUAGUCCAGUCAAUGCUAGUGAUGCAUACUUUACCAAGCCAUUUUCACAAGAGGGUAUUCAGAAAGUCUCAAUGUCUGAUGGUAAGCUGACACUGAAGGAAUCUUUCCGGACCAAUGGGACAAAUCGUGGUAUAACAUGUACAAAAGGUGGUAUUUUGACUUCUGUCCAAGAUGGCCGCUAUCAUGAUCUAGAUAUUAAUCACUUUAAGAUUGAUCUCCUUGACUAUGAAGGUAAGGUGUUACAAUCAGUGUCCACCGACUUGAAUGGCUCUCGUCUGUUUAAACUGCCACUUUAUUUUGCUGUAAACAACACUGGAAAACAAAUGAUUGUAGCAGACUGUAUCAAGCACUUCUCUUACAUUGUAAGUGUUGACAUGACUGGGAAAGUGAAGUUCAAGUAUGAAGGCAUUGGUGAUAACUUGGUUACACCACGAGGGCUUACAAUCGAUGAUGACGACAACAUCUAUGUCACAGAAUGGGAAGGCCAGAAUGUCUAUGUCCUUUCUCCAACAGGAAAACGAUUGCAAGUUUUAUUGACCCACCAUGAAGUUGUUGCUGAUGGCCUUGAUGGACUACAAAAGCCAUACCAACUUUGCUUUUACAAACAGGAUGAUGUUAAAAAACUCAUAGUCAGUCAAGAGGGUUGUAAUACCGUGAAGGUGUUUGAAGUGUUUAAAAAAGCCCCUGAAACUGAAGAAUCAAAGCAAGCUGCUGCAAAUGCUGUUGCAGAAACUAAAAAAAUACCAAAUGGGGAAGCCAGUCCUGCUAAACGUACACCAGUUACUCCAAGGAAAAAUGGUGCCCAGAUCAGCGUAUCUGUUACAGCUCCUGCAACAGAUUUAAACAAACAAACACCAAAAGUAGUAAGGAAAGAAACAGCUGCUAAAGUUGUAGUCAUACCACAGAAGGCUCCUGAACAAAAACCUGUUGAGAAAGCACAAAAUACAAGUACUGAAAUUACAAAAAUCUCCACAACUGAGGCUUCGGUAGGAGAACAAAAUACACAGACAGAACCAGAUGUUCCUGAAACACCCAAAGAAUCAACUGAAGUAAGCCCACCUGUUUUGAAUCCUGAAUUUGGUGAUGACUUUGAAACAGGUGAAAAUGACACUGAAGCAAAUUCCUCUGUACAAGACGCAAUCAAUUCAUUAAAUGAUUCCAAAGAAGAGCAAGUUGUUAGUGAAACAGAAAUAGUUCAAAAUAUUGCUGAUGCAAAUCUUGAAAGCGACAUAGGUGCUAAUCUUGGAAAUGUGGUAGAAGGUAGUAAUGCGGUAGUGAUAAAUGAAAGUAAUGUGAAUGAAGUCCAAACCAAUCUUGUUGGUGCAGUUGAUGCAAAUCAAGUUCAUGUUGAAGUUUAUGAGCAAGCUACUGUACCUCAAGUUGAAACUGUUGAGACACCACAAGACAUUUCUGACAAUGUUAAUGUCCAACAAGAAGUAGUACAAGUGCCUGAAGUCAUGAGUGUUGAACAAGUUCAGUUGGUAGAUUCACAGUAUGGGCAGGUUCUCAUUCCUGGAGGUGAAAUAAUUACAACACAAUCUAUUGAUACUGAAAUCCAGUCAGUGCCUAUGGAAUCGGUUGCCCAAGAGACAAUUAUAAUUCAGCAAGACGUCAAUCAAAUGGUGCCGCACCAGUACGAGAAAAUUGAAACUGUGACAAUGAACAAUAAUGAUGCCAGCAAUCUGUUACAAACUGAAACAGUGCACUAUGUUACAGCAGUCAGCAUGCCAGAUGGUUAUGCUACAAACAUUGCUCAAAGUGAAAUUGUUACUUCGGAAAUGCCUGAGGAAAUUAUUACAAUGGUGAAUGAGACUGUAUGAUUGUUUUAAUACUGAAAUUUUAUAAAACAUGAAAGUUAUCAAACUGAACUUGUAUGUGAAAAAAAUGUUCUGAAAAAAAUUUAGUAA